CAUAUGAUAUAUUGAUGCGUGCUUUGGACUUGACUCUGGUCUUAACCAAUAUGCCAACGACAACUACUCUCCGUCUCUCAUUCUCGCCCUCUCCUCCUCGCCCACUCUCGAAUCGCGCGUGUCCUCAUGGACCGGUAAUCUCUCAGCUCGACUUCUUCGCCUUCCUGAACCGCCAUGGUUCUUUUCUCACUCCACUCAGCUGCUGCUCACUAGAAGUCGAUCGCCGGCGUCGAAGUCCGAUCACUAUGUUGUCCUACGACAGCACUUCAAAUGUUCUGGCGAACCAAUUUCAGGUGAGGGAACUCAACGACGAGACGGAUUUCGAAACUAUCCUCUCAGCCGACGGUCGUUUCUCCGUCUGUGGCUUCGGUUCCCUCCUCUCCGAGAGAAGCGCGAGGAGUACAUUUCCGGACCUCGUGAAUUUCAGAUUUGCGAGAUUGAAUGGCUUUCGGCGCGUCUUCGCUCAUGUCACUCCGGUUUUCCUUGAGCGUGGCAUUGCCAGGCCAGAAACCAAGGAAAUUUCGGGCCUGAGUGUAGAGCCCUGUGAAGGGGAAAGCCUAACAGUUACUGUUUUUGAAAUUGAAAAAUCGGAGAUUCCUGCUUAUUUCGAGAGGGAAAUUGAAUAUCGAUUCCUUGCGGUACUUCCUCAAACUCUAGAUGGGAAGCCAUUUGAUAACCCAGCGGUGCUUUGUGCUUGCUAUAGCGAUGAAGAAUUUCUCCGGGUUCGAUGCAAAGGAAGCAAGGAAAUGUUUUUUCAGUUAUAUGGGCAAUAUAACAUUGAUAAGAUUUGGCAAGAUGAUAUAUUACCUUGUCGAGCAUAUCUUCGACACUGUGUGCUAGCAGCGAAGAAGCUCGGUGAUGAAGUGUACGACAACUUCUUGGAUCACACAUUCCUUGGAGACCGUAAAACAACUAUUCGUCAGCAUUUGGCCACAAAAGGUUCAGGCAUCAUGGAAGAGGAGCCCCCUGAAUCUCUCAAAAUCCGUUAUGGUGGUUGAUGUUCAUGUAUAAAUGAAUCCACACACCAUUUUUGUCUGUAAUAAAGCCAAAAGCAUUUUUUAGGUCUUUUUUUCACAUGAUAAAAUAUAAGGUCUUCAUUCUUGAAGCAGCAAUUUAUAUUUUUAAGGACGCAGGCUAUAUUAAAUAACAUUCAUGCUUGUCUAAAACAUGUGGUUGAUAUUUGCCAAAACAUACAUUAUGUAUAAAUUUAUAUAUGAUUAUUAUACCUAUAA